UGAGCCCCAUCACGUGAUCCGGAGGCUGCGGCAGAUAAAUCUGGAGGCAGCAGAGCUGUGUGUGAGUCCGGACUCCCCAGGAAUCUGCAGCCAUGGCGGGGGCCAUCAUAGAGAACAUGAGCACCAAGAAGCUGUGCCUGGUGGGGGGCAUACUCCUCGUCUUCCAAGUGCUGGCGUUCCUGGUCGGGGGGCUGAUCGCACCAAAGCCGACAUCUUCCUACAACUUCUUAGCCAUGAAGUGUGUCGACAUACGGAAAGGUCACCACAGUGCCUCCAAAUGGCUGCUUCCGUGGGGAAGGGAGCGCUGCGACAGCAUCCGAAGCUUCGAGGAGGCCGCCAGCCGGCUUAUUGAAGCCAAUGACAUCGUCUUCUCUGUGCACAUCCCGUUCCAGGGCCAAGAGAUGAGUCCUUGGUUCCAGUUCAUGCUCAUCAUCCUGCAGCUGGACAUCGCCUUCAAGCUAAACAACUACGUUGAGGAAAAUGCAAUGGUGACUCUCGAUGUGGCCAUGGCAUAUCGAAAUGAGAUAAACGAACCGUGGACUGAGAUUGCGCGUUCCGUAGAACAAAGGAAACUACAGUGCACGUUCCAGGCUGCUAAGACCGCAGACAACCAGGGCCGCUUUUACGAGUGCGACGUCCUGCCCCUCAUCGAGCUGGGGAAUGUGGCGCAUAAAUAUUACCUGGUCAACAUCCGCCUUCCCGUGAACGAGAGGAAGAAGAUAAACGUGGGCAUCGGGGAGAUCAAUGACCUGCAUUUAGUGACCAUCUUCCAGAACGGAGGCUUUACCAAAGUGUGGUUUGCUAUGAAGACGUUCCUGACCCCGAGCAUAUUGAUCAUUAUGAUCUGGUACUGGAGGAGGAUAACCAUGAUGACUCGGCCCCCAGUCUUACUGGAAAAGGUUAUCUUCGCCAUGGGGAUCUCCAUGACCUUCAUUAACAUUCCAGUUGAAUGGUUCUCCAUUGGAUAUAACUGGACCUGGAUGCUGCUGUUUGGAGAUAUCCGCCAAGGGAUCUUUUACGUGAUGCUGCUGUCCUUCUGGAUCAUCUUCUGUGGUGAACACAUGAUGGACCAGUCUGAAAGGAAUCGUAUAUCUGUCUACUGGAAGCAGGUUGUCCCCAUCGCUUUUGGCUCCUGUUGUCUCUUCAUCUUUGAUAUGUGUGAAAGGGGGGUGCAGCUGAAGAACCCAUUCUAUAGCAUUUGGACCACAGAUGUAGGCGCAGAGCUUGCUAUGGCUUUCAUUAUAGUGGCUGGGAUCUGCGCCUGCCUGUACUUCUUAUUCCUGUGCUUCAUGGUGUAUCAGGUCUUUAGGAACAUCGGCGGGAAGCGGUCCAGUUUACCGGCAAUGAGCAAGGCCCGCAGGCUGCACUAUGAGGGGCUGAUAUUUAGGUUCAAGUUCCUGAUGAUCAUCACCCUGGCCUGCGCCGCGCUGACAACUGUGUUCUUCAUCACUACCCAGGUAUCUGAAGGGAACUGGAAAUGGGGCGACUACAAUAUAGAACUGAACAGCGCUUUCUUCACCGGCAUCUAUGGCAUGUGGAACCUCUACGUCUUCGCUCUCAUGUUCCUGUACGCGCCGUCCCACAAGAACUACGGAGAUGAUCAAACAAGUGGUGGAGCUGCCGUGAGUAGCGCUGAGGAGCUUCAGCUGACGACGACAAUCACCCAUGCGGAUGGACCCACAGAACUCUACCGGCUGGCGGGCAAAGAGGCCCAGGAAUAACCCAACCCCCCCCCACAUGCGUUGAUAGGGCAGGCUCCAUGUAGACAUUUUCUAGUUUUAAUAUCCCACUAUUAAAAUGUUGCAUCCGAUAGCCUUCCUUACAUUUCUCCUAUUUAUAGCUGGAUUUCUCGCUUAGAGGAGUGGCAGAACAUUUAUUGUAAUGUAGCCUUUUUUUUAUAAAUAUAUAUAUAUUAUGUUGGUGCGGAGUGCUCACUUACACUGGUGGAUUUACUACUAUUUUUAUUUUUUGUUGCUGCUGAAUUUGUCCAUCAGACCCCGGUAUUGCAUUUGCUCUGGGUUUCAUUAUUACUAUUAUGAUUAUUUUUAUUUUUUUAUAUAGUGAAGGAGCAAUUCACUGGGAACAAUACUCACGAUUUUACAAGCGUAUACUGCCUCGUGUUCUUAAGCAAUAUCUGAUAAGCAAUAAAACAUUCUUUUUGUAUUUUUA